UCCCGCGUAGGUACAGAUUCAAGGAGUGUCGGUUUCUCUCUCUCUCUCUCUCUCUCUCUUUCUCAAUUUAGCUUCAUCUCUCUGUUUGGUUCCAUUUCUCCAUCUUCUCCACACCGAAUCUUCGGCUUACGGUUCGAAAUCUGGGAAACCCUACGUCUGUACGCCGGCAUUUCGCCAUUUAGGUCGCUGAAUGCACCUCCAUUGAGCUCGGGAUCUCUCUCCUUUUCUCUCUUCUCCGGAGGAAAUGGGCGCGAAAUCCAGGCGGAGAGGAUUGUGCGGAUGGUUCAUUGCGUUGAUCGUUUUGGCCGCCGUUGUCCUCGCCGUCGUCUACACGAUCAGGAAGAAGACAGGUCACUCCGACGAUGGCGGAGAUGAUCCCGUGCCGGGACCUCCUGGAGCUGUUGAUAAGAAGUACGCUGAUGCUCUCGAGAUCGCAUUGCAGUUCUUCGAUAUCCAGAAAUCUGGCAAACUGGGCAACAAUAAGAUAUCUUGGAGAGGGGAUUCGGGUCUGAAGGACGGCAAGGAAGCGAAUCUGGACCUUUCUAAGGGACUAUAUGAUGCCGGUGAUCAUAUGAAGUUUGGUUUUCCAAUGGCUUUCACUGCUACAGUCCUUUCAUGGUCGAUUCUCGAGUAUGGUGAUCAAAUGGAUGAGGUUAACCAAUUGGAACCGGCUAAAGACUCGCUCAAGUGGAUCACCGACUUCCUCAUCAAUGCUCACCCUUCCGAAAACGUGCUAUAUAUCCAGGUGGGUGAUCCGAGUAUAGAUCACAAAUGCUGGGACCGGCCAGAGACAAUGUCAGGGAAGAGACCACUCACUAAGAUCGAUACCGAGACUCCAGGGACCGAAGUUGCUGCAGAAACUGCAGCAGCCAUGGCUUCUGCAUCUUUAGUCUUCAAGGACAGUGACCCACAAUACUCGAGCACGCUUCUCAAGCAUGCGAAGCAGUUGUUCAAUUUCGCAGACAAAUACCAAAGUUCUUACAGUGUCAACAUCCCCGAGGUUCAGCCAUUUUACAACUCAACGGGUUACGGUGACGAACUCCUGUGGGCAGCUAGCUGGUUGUACCAUGCAACUGAGGACAAAUCUUACCUUGAGUAUGUGUCUGAAAAGGGAAGUGACUUUGGUAAUUUUGGAAACCCGACAUGGUUCAGUUGGGACAACAAGCUUGCAGGAACACAGGUAUUAUUGUCGAGGUUAACCUUCUUCAAGAAGGGGUUAUCAGGAAGCAAUGAUCUUAAAGGUUACAAGGAAACAGCUGAGGCUGUCAUGUGUGGGCUUCUACCCAACUCACCGACAGCUACAGCAAGUAGAACUGAUGAUGGCCUCAUAUGGGUCAGUGAAUGGAACGCGCUGCAACACCCUGUGUCCUCGGCGUUUUUAGCUGCUCUUUACAGCGAUUACAUGCUCACUUCCCGGAACGUGAAAUUAUCUUGCAGCGGGAAAACCUUCAGAGCAUCUGAUUUGAGAAAAUUCGCCAAAUCUCAGGCUGAAUACAUGUUGGGGAAGAAUCCGAUGGAAAUGAGCUUCCUCGUGGGUUACGGGGAUAAAUACCCGCAAUACGUUCACCACAGGGGAGCGUCGAUCCCGGCAGACGCAACCACUGGAUGCAAAGAUGGAUUCAAAUGGCUUAACUCGGAGGAUCCAAACCCGAACGUAGCCUACGGGGCAUUGGUAGGCGGACCGUUCCUCAACGAGACGUUCAUAGACUCUCGCAACAACUCUAUGCAGAACGAACCGAGCACUUAUAACAGUGCCCUUGUGGUCGGUCUCUUGUCAAGUUUGGUCACUACAUCUUCUGCGUUGGAGUCCUUCAAGUGAAGAAACCCUUUAGGAUCAUAUCACUACUGCUUUUUCUUUGUGUGUGUGAUUUAUGUAUCUAUCAAUGUAUGAUACGUGUUAUAUUUUGUACGACUGAAUCACAUAUAAACACAUGCCCUGAGUUAGAUGGAACUGCUCGUUGUAUGCGUACGCAUCAUGCUUCU